AGGGCAUAUAAUUCUCGUGAUUCAUUUUUUAACUAACAGAUGGCGUCAAGACCCAAAAGAAGAUGUCAGGAAAAAAAUCCACCCGAUAUAUCUGUGCAGUUGACUAAAGGAAAAAAAAUUCUAGCCAUGUGGCGAAAUAAAAACUAUUAUAGAGGAGAGGUCAUUGACUACGUGAAAGGGAAAGUAACAGUUCGGUAUGAAGAUGGAGAGAUAUAUACUUUGCUAUCAAAAUUUGUUAAAGUUGAUUCAAGCGCAAAAGAUAAUAAUGGACAGGUUGGUGGUUUGAGGAACGAUAAUUACCUGGAUAAUGAUUUGAGGCUUAAACCAAAUAAUGAUGAUAAAGAGAAGGAUGAUGAUUCAAGUAGUACAGCAGAUAUUGAUGAUAAUGAGAAGGAUGAUGAUUCAAGUACAGCAGAUAUUGAUGAUAAUAAGAAGGAUGAUGAAUCAAGUUUUAAACCAGGUAAUGAUGAUAAUGACAAGGAUGAUGAUUCGUGUACAGCAAAUAGUGAUAAUGAGGAGGAUGAUGAUUCAAGUACAGCAGAUAGUGAUUAUAAUGAGAACGAUGAUGAUUCGAGUACAGUAGAUAAUGACGAUAAUGAGAAGGAUGAUUACUCAAGUACAGCAGAUAAUGAUGAUAAUGUAGAGGAUGAUGAUAACCCAGAUGACGAUAAUAUAGAGGAUGAUGAUUCUAGUAUAGCAGAUACGGUAAUCAUUGAAGAUGACCAGCAUGAUGAUGGAAAUAUACACAGAGAAGACAGUGAGGUGGUCCCAAAUAGUGAAGAAUUAUUUUGUGAAUAUACAAGUCAAUUAUACCCAUUAUACCCAAAUCUAAUGUUAAACACCCUUAAUGAUUUAGGGGAAGUACAGGAAGAAGUGGUAUCAACCUCUGUAAAGGAUACAGGAAUCACUGUCAUGACAACAAAUAACACGGAAGCAAGGCGUUGGGACAAGGUCCACUAUUGUAUGUACUGUCAUAUUCCACAAAAGAAGCUACCACGACAUCUCUCCACAUUACAUAAAGAUGAAAAAUCAGUGAUCAAAUGGUUGAAUGAAAACAACAAGGAGAAAAAAUCUGCCAAAUUAACAAAAAUGAGAAACUUGGGGAAUCUUUUACAUAACUGUGAAGUUCUCAAAGAUGGAGUUGGUGAACUGGUGGUUGUGUACAGACCCACUAGAAAAGCUCAUGCCUCAGAUUAUGUACCCUGCCAAAGCUGUUAUGGUUACUUUGCAAAACGAGAACUCUGGAAACAUAAGUGCCAACUUCCGAUAGAUGAUGCACAAAAAUCAAAGAAGAGGAAUCGACGAGUGACUGAGGGAAAGAUGCUCUUGCCAUCUACAAAAGCAAUCAGUUCACAUCUAAAAACAGUGUUGUCUGGCUUAACUUGCGACAGUGUUGGACAGGUAGUGAAGUGUGAUAAUCUUAUACUCCAGUUCGGUGAAAAACUGUGCUCUAAACAUGGACAUGACCCAGAUCAACAUACAAACAUAAGAACAAAGAUGAGAGAAGUUGCACGACUUGUGAUCGCCUUCAGAAAACUAACAAAGUCCACUAAUGCAAGCCUCAGUUCAUUGAUUGAUCCAGAAUGUUUUUUAGAUGUGGUAAGUGCUGCAAAAUUAGUUUCCGGAUAUGACGAAUGCACACAAACUUACAGCAUUCCAAGCUUAGCGCUUAAACUAGGGCAUAGCUUGAAAACGUGUUCUCUCAUUCAGAAAGGCAAUGCUCUUGUAAAAGGAGACGUAGAAUUACAGAAUAGAAGCCAAAACUUCGAACAACUACAUUCCAUAAGUGGGAGAAAUCUGUAUCAGGCCAGGCAUUACGUACACUUCAUGAAAGAAAACGAAACAAUCCCAAAUUGCUUCCUUUUACAGAUGACAUUGUUAUAUUGACAAAGUACCUAAAG